GAUUCUCAAAGGCCUGGAGCUCACUUAACAGUGAAAAAAAUCUUUGUGGGAGGAAUUAAAGAAGAUACAGAAGAACACCAUUUGAGGGACUACUUUGAACAGUAUGGAAAAAUUGAAGUGAUUGAGAUAAUGACAGACCGUGGCAGUGGCAAAAAGAGGGGGUUUGCUUUCGUUACUUUUGAUGACCAUGACUCUGUGGACAAGAUAGUCAUUCAGAAAUACCACACUGUGAAUGGGCACAACUGUGAAGUCAGGAAAGCCUUGUCAAAGCAGGAAAUGGCCAGUGCAACAUCCAGCCAAAGAGGUCGUAGUAGUUCUGGCAGUUUUGGUGGUGGCCGAGGAGGUGGAUUCGGCAGUGGUGAUAACUUCAACCGUAGCAGCAAUUUCAGUAGCCGUG